AUGCGAGGCAGCAGCAGCAAGGGGCAGCCCUCCGGGGCUGUCGUUUCUGCUGCUGCUGCUGCAGCAGCAGCGGGCGCCCGCGCGGGCGAGGAGGCAGCAGCAGCAGCAGCAGCAGCAGGAAGCGACGCGGACGCGGAGCAGGAAGGCAGCAGCAGCGGGGAAGACAGCAGCAGCAGCGGGGAAAACAGCAGCAGCAGCAGCAGCAGCAGCAGCAGCGAAGCAGAAGUGGGCAUUGGGCUGGAGCUGCCGGCCCGCAGCACGAGGGGCAAAGGCUACAGCAAAUUAAUUGGAGAAGAAAAAGAAAAAGAUAUUUUAUUUUGGGGCCAUGCAACAUGGGAAGAAGAGAGUGGAGACGAAGAGUACGACUCUGCUGCUGCUGCUGCUGCUGCAGCAGCAGCAGCAGCGGAGCGCGAGGUCGACAGCGACUUCGACGCCGCGGAGAGCAGCAGCAGCGACGAGCAGCAGCAGCAGCAGCAGCAAGCAGCAGCAGCAGCAGCAGGCCUCUCCGACGGCCCCAAGAGACACGCCAGGGGCGCCGUCACUUUCUACCAGCAGGCCAUGAAGCGCCGGCAGCAGCAGCAAAGGCGGAAGCAGCAGCAGCAGCAGCAGAAGCUCAAGCAGCAGCAGCAGCAGCAGCAGCAGCAGCAGCAGCAGCAGGGCCCCGGGGAGCCCAAGCGGCAGCAGCAAACCCGCCCCUCCACCCGCACCCAAACGGAGACAGUGAACCAGCAGCUGCGCUCUUCCAAGCAGCAGCAGCAGCAGCAGCAGCAGCAGCAGCAGCAGGGGGCGGGCCGCAGCAGCAGCAGCAGCAGCAGCAGCAGCAGGGAGCAGGAAAUGAGCCAGGAAGAACACUUGCUGCUGGCGGACAAAACUGAAAAAGAAACAGCAGCAACUCUGGUGGUGCAGCAGCAGCACAAAGAGCUGCUGCAGCUGCACAAACUUUCCAAAGCAGCAGCUUACAGGGGCCCCUACCAAAUGCUGCUGUCUUGGGCUUCUUUCCUGCAGGUGGGGCCCCCCAGCGAGGAAGCAGCAGCAGCAGACGCAGCAGCAGCAGCAGCAGACGCAGCAGCAGCAGCAGCAGACGCAGCAGCAGCAGCACACGCAGCAGCAGCAGCAGACGCAGCAGCAGCAGGCUCCGCUGCAGCAGACCCAGCAGCAGCAGCAGCAGCAGCAGCAGCAGCAGCGGGAGACGCUCCAGCAGCAGCAGCAGCAGCAGCAGCAGAUACUGCUGCAGCAGCAGCAGCAGCAGAUGCAGCAGCAGCAGCAGCAGCAGAAGAGGAAGAAGAAGAAGUUUACGAAAAAGUGCUGCUGAUUUGCACUGACGGGAAGCUGCCAAGUCUUUAUGAAGCUCUGCCUCCAGCAACGCCUCCGAGUCCCGUGUGCGCAGUGACGGGGGCCCCGGCGAAGUACUUCGACCCGCUUUCGCGCUGCUUCUUCAGUUCUGCUGCUGCUUUCAAGUUGCUGCGUGCUGCGCUGCAGUGCAUGCGCGAGCGCGAGGUGUACAGACACCUCGCGCAGCUGCAGCAAGCGAUCCGCGUCCAGGAGGAGAAAGUCUCUUACUUGUCCAAAGCAGCAGCAAGGGCCCCCACAGAGACAGCCUGGGGGCCCCCCGAGGCCCCGGGGGGGCCCCCCAGUGCAGCACGGGGGGCCCCCGCUGCAGCAGCAGCAGCAGCAGCAAGAGCAGCGGGGGCCCCCGGGGGCCCCCAGAAGAAGAAGAGAAGGGGAACAAAGAAUUAA